AUGUUGUCUGUGUCGGCUGUACUCUACCUGACAUCCAUACUCUCCGGGGUCACACUAGCCACACCCUCAGCAAACCGUCGAGACUCUCAUGAAAUAUGUACGCCAAACUUUGAGGCGGACGCCCCUUACGACUGGAAUAACUCGGAGGCCGUUGGACUGCUGAAUGGUGUGGCCGUGGGCUCAGCGCUCAUCAAGAGAUCUCCCGCUGCAUUCUUCAAGUUCACGAAGAUUUCGUCGACACCGCCCUCAUUCACAGUCCAUGCCUUUGAUAAUCCGGAAUUAGCUGUCGGACUCAGCAGCAACAAGUCCCUCACCCUGACCUCUAGUCAUGGCGACGAGUAUGCUGAUACCAAGUUCCUCAUCGAAUGUACUUUUUGCGGCAGUGCGGUCCAGGACAACUGCUUCAUGAAGCUCGCCGAAUAUCCGGACCACUGCGUUCAAGUGGGCAACGCGAAGGAUGCCGCUGGAAACCCGACAAGAGGCGGUUCGGGAGAUCCGUUGUUCGUGACCUCGCCUUGUAGGAAGGACGACAGCCAGCGGUUCAACUAUUUCAAGAAAGACCUUCCUCCUUCCCCGCCACCUACGCUGGAGACUCCCUCCACACCACCUUCGGGGCAAGUCGUUUGCAACCCCAACUUCGAGUUCGAGGGCGUACGUGUGGCGAACAGCGCCGUCAACUGGGGUGCUCCUGCUUUCGUCGACAACACGGAUCUUCUGGCGGAGAGCGACUUCAACAAGCGUCUGGAGAUUCGUUUCGAGCAAACUGGACAUCCCAACCCGUACUAUAUCGCUAAGUCGUUGAACGGAAGUAACCUUGUGGUCGCUACCCGCGCCGUUAACGAUAACUUGUACUUCAUCCCUGCCGACGAGCAGAACGACCGCACGAAGUUCCUAAUCGAAUGUGUCUCCGGAUGCCAGGGUGCUGGCCAGGUCCCUCCGGGAAGUCUUUCUGCAGAUGGGUGCACGAUCAAGUCCCAGUUCAACGGCAAGUGCGUCCAAAUUGGCAGCGGCCCACAAGCAGGUUCCAACGGCGACCGCAUCUUCCUCAACAACUGCGACGCGACCGACAGCCAGCGCUUCAACUUCAUCACCUCACCCUUCAAGAGAACCGGUAUCGAUGUGAACUUCAACUCCGACGUCGCGCCUUCCAGCGAUGUCAAGGUGCACCUCGCUGGCAACGAAGACGGCGGUGAACUCGAUGUGGACUUGAAGGAACUGAUCAGGAACAGUUAUAUUGCGCUUGGGUUGCUCGCGGGUGUCUUGGUCGGCAUGAUCGUAUUCGGUGUGAUGAUGCUCGCACGAGGAUGCAUGAAAGGCCGCGACUCGAAGCCCCGAUAUACCGUUGUAGCCGGCAAGAACGACGUCGAGGCAUUCACGGCGCCUUCUGGUCGCUACAGCGACUAA